AUGGCAACCAAUGGUGACACAGUUGGCCGUGACGACCUUACUUCUCGUACUCUGCCGUUCAUGAAGCUCUCAGAUGGCUCAGAGGCAUCUAUGACUAGCCCGCCACCACCAUUACCUCACUACCUCAACGCGGAAGGGAGAGCAUUGGCACGCUUCGCGGUCGAAGGCAAUGUAGUCAUCACUGGCGGUGCCGGCACCCUAGCCCUCUCCACAGCCCGUGCCCUCCUGGAGCACGGCGCUGCAGGUCUUUGCCUUUGGGAUCUUGAAGCCACCCUCCGAAGCGCCCAACCAGCGAUCGCCAAACUCGCCUCCGAAUUCCCCAGCACUCGCAUCUUCAGCAUCGCAGUGGACGUCACGGACGAUGAAGCCAUUGCUGAAGCCGUCACCUCCGUGGUGCAGACGUUUGGAACGUUGGAUCAUCUCUUCUGCUUCGCAGGGAUCGUAGGUUGUUACCAUGCUAUGGACAUGUCGACGGCUCAAUGGCGCAAGACCCUUGAUGUCAACACCACCGGAUCUUUCCUCUGUGCUCAGGCCGCGGCACGGCAGAUGAAAUCACAGGGUAGCGGUGGGACCAUUACGAUGACGGCCAGUAUCAGUGCGCAUCGUGUCAACUUCCCGCAGCCGCAGGUCGGGUACAACGUCAGCAAGGCUGCCAUUGUUGCGUUGAAAUCAUCUCUGGCAGCGGAGUGGGCAGUGCAUGGGAUCAGGGUUAACUCCAUUAGUCCAGGAUACAUGGAUACCAUUCUGAACGCAGGUGAUGGGAAUAUCGCGGAGGCGAGGGCGAGCUGGGCAGCGCAUAAUCCCAUGGGACGCAUGGGGCAGCCGCCUGAGGUGGAGGGGAUGUGUGUUUUGUUGGCGAGUCGUGCAGGAAGUUAUAUCAAUGGUGCUGACAUGUUAAUCGAUGGUGGUGCAACCGUGUUUUAG